AUGAAAGCCAUUACUCGAGCAAAUCAGUGCAAGGUCGAGAGUGUAACAGAGACCAAUUCCCCGAAGCGGAAAUUGAGAUCCAGUAGUGUGCAGAGGUUUUCGUUUACUGUUCAUAGACCCAUAGUUUGCACUCGUAUAGGACCGUUAUUGGUUGAUUGUGCGUGUACACCUAAAGAAGUGCAGCAGCAUUUCCAAUCUUGUGGUACUGUCAACAGGGUUACUAUUCUCACGGAUAAAUUUGGUCAUCCCAAGGGCUUUGCUUAUGUGGAGUUUGUUGAAGCCGAAGCUGUUCAGGAGGCACUUCUUUUAAACGAGACAGAGUUGCAUGGAAGACAAUUGAAGGUUCAACAAAAGUGA